GUGCCCGCUGGCCUUUGUCCCGCCACCGGGCUCAUGGAGGCGCCUGAGCCGCCGUCGCCUCAGGCCGCCGAGGAGGACGAUGAUUUUGGCUAUAGGUUCUUCCCCGAGCGGCACAAGGCGCCGCGGCACUCCGUCAGCCGGAGCAUUUUUCCGGAGCAUAAGCGCUGCCGCGCGCGGCUGCAGCUCGCGCUUGAGACCAGUCCAUAUGCUAAGCUUCUACUUGAUGCUAUGAAGCAGUCUGGCUGCACUGCUUUCAAAGAACGGCAUUUUGUAUGUGAGACCUGUGAUAAGCGUGCUGUUGGAGGCUUUGAUGCUGCUACCUCACAGAUUGUUUUGUGUCAGAACAAUAUUCAUCGUCAGUCUCUUAUGAACCGAGUGGUUACACAUGAACUGAUUCAUGCUUUUGAUCACUGUCGUGCCCAUGUUAAUUGGUUAGGCAAUGUGAAACAUGUAGCCUGUUCAGAGGUUCGAGCUGCUAACCUCAGUGGAGAUUGCUCACUAAUGAAUGAAAUAACCAGAUUUAAAUUUGGAUUAAAAGGGCAUCAUCAGACUUGUGUACGAGACAGAGCUGUUCGUUCCAUUUUGGCUGUUAGGAAUGUCAGCAAAGAAACAGCAGAAAAAGCCGUGGAUGAAGUUUUUGACACCUGUUUCAAUGAUCAGGAACCAUUUGGAAGAAUACCACACAAUAAAAAAGAUGCAAAAUAUGCUUACAAGGAUUUUCAGAACAGAGAUCAAUAUUAUGCAAAUAUUUAAAAGACUGUUAAUCUCUUGGUUGUAAUACUGAAAACAGAAUGCAGGCAACUUGUGCUGAUGGAGGGGGAAAAUAAAGUUACUCACAACUUUGUAUCGUCUCCUUGCCCAAGAGCCAAGUUUCACUGGUGUUUGCGAGAUGAUCAGAGCUGAGAUUUCCUCAUCUAGUUUUUGGUGUUUCAGUAUUUCAAAAGACUUAACAGGAAUUUUUAAACUACACAUUUUGGUGCAUAUGUAAAUCUGCUUUGGACCAACCAAGAAUUCAUUUUCAAAAUGUUUGUCUUGUGCCAUUACUGAAUGAACUGGUAUCUUAAAGCCUUUAGAGCUU